GGGGACCAGCCGAGGCCACCGUCCCUUGAGACCGCUGGUGUUCUCAGCACCCGUCGAGGGUUCCAGGGGAGGCUGUGGUCAUGGAGAAUGAAGAUCCCAAACAACGGCAGUGCCAUGGCACCCCUGCGCAGGAGUCCGCAGUCCGGUCGGCACCCAGCCUCUCGGCCCACCCCAGCGUCUCUGCGUACCCCCAGCAGUUCGGCGCACCCCACUACCUCAGCCCAACCUGGUGUCUUGGCCCAUCCCAGUUGCCCCGGCCCCGAGGACCUUAGCGUGAUCAAGGUGAGCAAGUGCCGAUGGGCGGUGAUCCUGGUGUUCAGCUGCUCCUCCACGUGCAAGGCUUUCCAGUGGAUCCAGUACGGCUCCAUCAAAAACAUCUUCAUGAACUUCUACGGGGUCAGUACCAUAGCCAUCGAGUGGCUGUCCAUGUGCUACAUGCUGACCUACAUCCCCCUACUCGUGCCGGGCGCCUGGCUGCUGGAGAAACUCGGCCUGCGCACCAUCACCCUCAUCGCCGCCGGUCUCACCUGCCUGGGGGCCUGGGUGAAGUUGGGCAGCCUGAAGCCACAUCUCUUCCCAGUCACCGUGCUGGGCCAGGUCAUCUGCUCUGUGGCCCAGGUCUUCAUCCUGGGCAUGCCCUCCCGCAUCGCUUCCGUCUGGUUCGGGCCUAAUGAGGUUUCAACAGCCUGCUCCAUAGCUGUCCUUGGCAAUCAGGGCUGCUUAUGUGCUCCACACGUGCACCAGCCCUGCUUGCAUUGAAUCAACACUCCUCCAUUCAUUCAACAAGCAUUUACCUGGCGCUCGCCUUUGGCCAGAUGCUAUGUGAGGGCUGCAAAGAUCGUCCUUGCCG